UAUCUAUGGCUAUGACGAUAUACUUACUUAUAGCGAUUUACUUAAUACAUAAUGACGGUAGGCUAAUUUGUUUGUGAAAACUACGCUACAUAAUGAAUUUGAUAGUACUUGGAGCUACUGGACCUACCGGUCAGUUUGUUGUAAAACAGGCACUUGCUAAUGGCCAUUACGUGCACUCAUUGGUGAGAAGCCCAGACAGACUCAUAACUUCGGACAGACGACUAUCGAAAUCUAAAGUGAACAUUUUCAAGUCCGAGGAAAUAUCACCACAUUUACGCGGAAGUGACGCGGUAGUAUCGUGUCUUGGAACCAGGAAGCUUUCGUUAUUCGACAGAUCAAAGAUCACAUUAUACACAGAAUCUCUACAGAGCAUCAUUGAUGCUAUGCGCAUGACUGGUACGAAGCGGUUUGUCUGCCUGUCGUCAUGGGGAACAAAACGGCCGCCGGUUUUGGAGAAUACCAUGCGGAUGUUUCCAAUCGGAAAACUGCUGGAUAACAUGCUGGAGAUGGAAGAAUAUCUGGAAAGGCAUUGCUCCGAUAUAGACUAUACUGUUAUCAAACCUGCAGGUCUUCUGAACAAAGACACAUCCGAUCUACCAAUACAGACGUCACACCUGGAACGCGUGCGAGGAUGCAAGAUGGCGAUGCCCCGAGGUGACGUGGCGAGGUUUGCGCUGCAGUGCGUGGAACAAGACAGGUGGAUAAAAUCCCGUGUUUCUAUUGGAAUAGAGAGGCGGAAAUAAAGUGUACCAUUCACACUCCAUAAGUGACCAAACUUUUAUGACCGAACCAUUUAGUAUAUGUCGAUAUUGCAUUUCUUUUUUCUUCGCCUAGGAAUCAUAACUGUUAUAUUCUAAGAAAUUAGAUAAAUAACCUUUUAAUCAUUGUCGAAAAAUGUAAGAAAUUGCCGGAAAAACGAAAGUUUACGCCUCAAAGACGGAAAAAUGGCUAAGUCAACUUGUGGGCUGUAGUGUUUUGUUAGUCGACUUGCGGGGUGCAAACUUAAAAAUCGGUUUUGAUUUCCGUUCAUUCCAUCGCUAAAAAAGCCACCACAUGCGCAGUGAGAUUUGAUAUUGAAUUAUGGAUAAAAAAAAAUACUUUAAAAUUCGUCUCCUGUAGCCGACAAAGAUAUUUUGAUGAAAUGAAUCAGUGAAUGCAUCCCACAAGGAUGUUGAGUGAGUACGGGCGGACAAUACUCACGUCAAAUUUGAUGGAUGUAUAAAACCUGGAUUAUGUAUCAGAAUCAUAUUUUAUUUGCGAAUCAAUAACAAAUGAAAGCUGGUACGUGGUGUAUGCACAUCCAAGCUUGCUUAGCUUUAUUUGUUAAUUAAAGAAAUUGUACCAAAUAAAAGCAACGACAAUUUCUAUGACUAUAGAAAUUCUCAA